UCUCCUCCUUUCCAUAAAAAAACUGACCACUCAAAUUCUCCACCGGCGCCGCCAUGGAUCCGCCGUAUUACACCGCCGGCGGCAACUCUUCCACCUCUAGAAAAGAACUUCAAGGUCCUCGUCCACCUCAGCUCAAAGUUAACAAAACUUCCCAUACAAUAAAAAAACCACCAGUCGGCCAUCAUCCACGUCAUCCUCCAGUUCCACCGCCACGUCAACCUCAAUAUCCGCCGCCGAAACCGAUAAUAAUCUUUUCGAUCUCUCCUAAACCCAUCCAUACAACUGUCGGCGAUUUCCCUGCUUUGGUUCAACGUCUAACCGGUCAUUACUCCGGCGACUAUUCUGCAGACGAUGGCGGUGGAAACGUGUCUCCGGCGGCUAGAUUGGCUUCGAUUGAAGGGGCGAGUCCUAGGGAAAGAGAUAGAGAUAGGGGAAAUGAAAUUAGAGAGGAAGAGAUGUAUGAAGAUUUGAGGAGUUUGAUUGAAGGGUUUGAUAGGGAUCAGAUUCGGGGGAUACUUUCGCCGGUGCCGAUGAGUUUGCCGCCGAUUCCUGAUGGGUUUUUCUCGCCGGUUUCUGAGAUGCAAGAUUUUUCGGUUUUUAAUGAUUUGAGUCCUUUUUAUUAUGGGAAUAUGUUGAUUACAAGUCCUUCAACACUUUAUUCACCUCCAUUUGAUGUAUCAAGAUUGUUUGACUAAUAGAAACUUGUGUAGUAUAGUUUUUAGGAGUUUGAUGAGAGAUCAAAUAUCAAUUAUCCAUGUACCAGUUUUAUUUUAGAUCUGUUCUUUUUGUAACAAGUACCACUAAUUUUUUUAUCCUAUAGAGUUUUUUUU